AUGGCCGAAAACGCAGAUGAACUCAUUGACUAUGAAGAUGAAGACGAACCCACCAACCAAACCUUGCAGACCAAUGGAGGUGGUGCUUCUACAGGAGCUGUUGCUGAAGAUGGAAAAGAAGUAAAGAAGGGCUCAUAUGUUGGUGUCCAUGCUACUGGUUUCCGUGACUUUUUGCUCAAACCAGAGUUGCUGCGAGCCAUCUCUGACUGUGGGUUUGAACAUCCUUCCGAAGUGCAACAAGUCUGCAUUCCUCAAGCUGUAUUGGGUCAAGACGUCUUGUGUCAGGCGAAGUCUGGUAUGGGAAAGACUGCUGUCUUUGUCUUGGCUACUCUUCAACAGUUGGAUGUCACCGUAACCGAGCCAACUGUCAUCGUAUUGUGCCACACUCGUGAAUUGGCCUUCCAAAUUCGUAACGAAUAUCAACGAUUCUCAAAGUACAUGCCUGAUGUCCAUACAGCUGUAUUUUAUGGUGGUGUUCCUCAAAAGCAAAAUGAAGAAACCAUCAAGAAUGAGAAGCCUCAAGUCAUUGUUGGAACUCCUGGUCGUGUGCUUGCCCUUAUCCGUGAUGGAACUCUCAAUCUGAAAAAAGUAAAGCAAUUCGUGCUCGAUGAAUGUGACAAGAUGCUUGAAGCCCUUGAUAUGCGUCGGGAUGUCCAGGAUAUUUUCAAGGCCACUCCUCACCACAAACAGGUUAUGAUGUUCAGUGCUACUCUCAGUCAAGCCAUCCGCCCAGUCUGCCGAAAGUUUAUGCAAAGUGUAAGCCGUCUUGAUCUUGAUUCCAUUAUGUAUUAUUAUUCUCCAAGUGGUCUUGGGUCUCGCCUCCUCCUCCGAAACUGCUCGUCUGGUCUAGCUCCAUUGAUACCGUCAUCGUCGUCACCACUAUCACUGCCAAUGAAAUCAACAAUCCCUCUUGAAAUAUUCGUUGAUGAUGAGACCAAGCUUACCCUCCAUGGGUUGCAACAGCAUUACGUCAAAUUGGCAGAGAAUCAAAAGAACCGUAAAUUGAAUGAAUUGCUUGAUGCUCUUGAAUACAAUCAAGUCUGCAUUUUCGUCAAGUCCGUUCAACGUGCUCAAGAAUUGGACAAGCUCUUGCAAGCCUGCCAGUUCCCAUCUAUCUCUAUUCACGGUGGUUUGCCUCAAGAAGAACGUAUUCGACGAUACAAGACCUUUAAAGAAUUCAACAAGCGAAUGAUGGUUGCUACUGACAUCUUUGGUCGUGGUAUUGAUGUGGAGCGUGUCAACAUUGUCAUCAACUACGACAUGCCCGAUUCAGCUGACUCGUACCUUCACCGUGUUGGUCGAGCUGGUCGAUUUGGUACCAAGGGUCUUGCAAUCACCUUUGUCUCGUCGGAAGCCGACACAUCAGUGUUGGAAUCAGUUCAGCAGAGGUUUGAGGUCGACAUCACAGAACUGCCUGAGAAGAUUGACACCGCAUCAUACAUGCCUUCAUAA